CGCCCAUUCACUCACCCACCAGCCUCUGCUGGCUCUCCAACGCAAUGAACACGAUCCGCAACAUUCAGAACCUCAACAAGCGCGAGCUUGAAGAGGGCGUCAACCCCGAAGCCUCCUGGCACACCGACUACCGCGACACGGCAUUCAUCUACGUCGGUGGCCUGCCAUUCGAGCUCUCCGAAGGCGACAUCAUCACCGUAUUCUCGCAAUUCGGUGAGCCAACAUGGAUCAAGCUUGCGCGCGACAAAGAGACGGGCAAGUCAAGAGGAUUUUGCUGGAUCAAAUAUGAAGACCAGCGAAGCACCGAUCUGGCGGUGGAUAAUCUGGGCGGGGCUACAGUCAUGGGCAGAAUCUUGAGGGUUGAUCACGCGCGGUACAAGCCGCGGGAUGAUGAGGACAUGAAGGACAAUACGAUGGGCGAUGUGAAAAUGAGCGAUGAGGAGGAGGACGGAAGGAGGAAGAGGCGGCGAACCGACAGUGAGAGCGAGAGCGAGGACGAGCGCCCCAUGCUGCCCGAAGAGAUCCAGCUUGCGAAACUCAUUCGGGAUAUAGAUGACGAGGACCCGAUGAAGCCGUCCAUGCUUAAAAGCCAGCAGGAGAGAGUUGAUGCCGCGCUUAACAAAUACAACAAGACUAAGAAGAAAGAGCGGAAACAUCGCCAUUCGAGACGAGGCAGGAGCAAAGAGCGCCACCGUGACCGCGAUCGCCGGCGCAUCAAGGAUGAUGUAGAUGAAGAUAAUCAGACCAAGUCACGUCGACAAGACAAUUUUGGGGAUAGACAUCGGGAUAGUUUGCCAGAGAGACAGAGCACCGGAGACAAGGGCAGGGACGACGCGUUGAGGCCCUCGAAGUCAAGGCACAGGGGCGACUCAAGGACGAAGGAACGUGAUCAUGACCGACGCCGAGGCAAGUCUGACGAUGAGGAGGGUAAAACCACAAGGUCAAAGCAACCGUCCCGACGGGAUCGGAGACAUCGGAGGCAUAGCUCUUCUUCAUCUCGAGAAUACUCCGAGGAGGACUGUCGGCGGGGGUAUGGUACUUCCGAUCACCGUCAGCGGGAGAGUCGCCGUGAAGAUCGCCCACAUAAACGAACGACGUAGGUUCUAGCUCUCCCAUCGCACAAUUCUCGCAAAUGCAUAGGCUCACUCGAGGGCCUGUAUGAUUUAUCUCCAAGGUCCUGGAGUAUGCCUUCCUUACUGGAGCAUGAGCUAGUCAUUUAUAAAUGACGGAUCAUUUUCGUAGAAGCAGACCCUCCAUUGUGCGUGCCCCCGCUGUUUCCUUCGCCAGUUCCCCUCGCUCCUUCCCUAUUCUUCCCUCUCCUCCCCAACCACGUCCGCACCGCGUCGGCAGACAUACUAUGGAAUAUUUUCGAAGACCAUGAAUUCCAUCUACU